AUUAAAUCAAAAUUGGUUCCCAUAAUAUGCUAUCUCAACCAUCAGAAGAUCUCCAACCUUUCGACAUCAACUCUCCUGCUUAUCCCCAAAAUACAUACACAGGAAGAUUACUGAACCUUGUCAACUCUCAAAACUCCUUUAAUUUCUUUCUCCCCCACUCUAGAGUCGUUCAGGCUAAAGUUAUUGUUGACGAAGAGAAGAAGAAAGCACAAGAAUCAAACGGUCAGCCGAUACUCUAUACAUCACAGAAGAUUAAAGAGAUCAGAAGAGCUCAGAGUAUAGUUGACUCUUCGUAUCACCCAGAUACAGGAGAGAUAGUGCCGAGAAUGCUAAGAUUAUGCUCUUAUGCUCCUGCAAGCAUUCCUGUGAUGUUCGGUAUGCUUCUUUCGCAGCCCACCACUUUCAAUAUUAUUCUUUGGCAGUGGCUGAACCAGACUUAUUCUGCAGGAGUAAACUACUCAAAUAGAAAUGCUUCAAGUACUUUAACGACUAAAGACAUUUCAACAGCAUAUGUAGCAGCUGUUUCUACCAGUGUAGGUAUUGGUCUAGGGGUCAAAGCUCUUUUAAAUCCUAUUGCUAAAAAGCUUCAUGGUCCAAGCAAGAUCUUUAUCAAUGUUCUUAUCAGCCUUUCUGCAAUUGGCUCAGCUGGAUUUUUGAAUCUCUUGAUAAUGAGAUCAAAAGAAAUCCAAAAUGGAAUAUCUCUGAUAGAUCAUGAAGGAAAUGAUAGAGGAAAAUCUCGAAUUAUUGGUAAAAGCGCAGUUGUGAAUACUGCAUUAACUCGAUUCCUCAUGCCAGUUCCUCCCAUCUUGAGUUCAACCUUAGUUUUCUACUACAUGGAAAAGAAGAGCCUUAAUCCAAAGAACAAGUGGGCAAGAAUGAUGCUCGAAGCAGUAGUCUUCUUCUUCUGAAUUAGCUUAGGCCCACCAAUUGCUUGAGCUCUUUUUGAACAAAGAGCGAAGACAGGUGUCUCUGGAUUAGAAGAAGAAUUCCAAAAUCUUACUGACUCUAAAGAAAAUUCAGUCACAGAGCUAUGGUAUAACAAAGGUCUAUAAUUUCUUUCUUAUUUCAAUAGAAUAAAAAA